ACCGCCGUCAGUCAAGUAAUACUGGUUUCCCUACCUAUCACAUGACGUGGUUCUACAGAACACCACUGGAACCAAGAUCCAGCUGGCAAGUCAGCUCCUCCUAGCGCAUGGGCGUCAAGCCCGAGCAGGUCACACUCGGCUACAGCUUCUACAGGCGCUCCUUCAAGCUUUCCAACCCCAGCUGCACGACGCCCGGCUGUCCUUUCAAGGGCGGAGCCCGCGCAGGCCCUUGCUCGGACACGAGCGGCAUCCUGAUGUACUACGAGAUCUCGGCCAUCCUCAAGCAGCUCCCCAAUCUGAAGCCCGUGUUCGACAAGAAGGCCGCGGUCAAGUAUCUCGUCUUUGACAAGGACCAGUGGAUCUCGUACGACGACGCCGACACCUGCAAGCUCAAGCGCCAGUGGGCCGACUCGGUCGGCUUCGGCAGCAGUCUGAUCUGGGCCGUCGAUACGGAUGACGACAAUUUCUCGGCCAUGAGCGGGCUGAUGGGGUACAAUGUCUCCCACGUCCAGGCAGCCGCCGGCGGCGUGAAAGCCCUGGCCAUGACGUCGGACAACGUUGCCAGGAGCUUGCAGGGCGAGAACGGGCAGGACUGCAAGGCCCUGAAGGACUACGCAUGCAAACCGGCCAGGGAUCUGAGGUGCGAGAAGGGAGAAACCUUGGCCGGGUAGGACAGGGACGGAUGCUCUAGAUAUCUACCUGGAGAAUAAAUAAACCAUUUGUUUGAGAAUGAGGUAGUCACGUG